AUGCCGCGCGGGGAAGACGCUACGCCUCCCGGGUACUACUGGCGCGGCGGCCGCGUGUUCGAAGGCGCCGGCGGCGCCGCGCGCGGCGGGAACAUCCACGAAGACGCCUCGCGCGGCGACGCGGACGCCGUUCGCGCGCGCGUCGAGAACGGCGAGGCCGUCGACCAGCGCGACCACGCGAUGACGACGCCGCUGGCGCUCGCGUCCGCCAACGGUCACGCGGAAUGCGUCGGCGUGUUGUUGCGUCGCGGCGCCGCCGUCGACGCCGGCGACGGCGGCGGCGCGACGCCGCUGCACCGCGCGUGUCUCGGCGGGCAUCUCGACGUCGUCGAGCUGCUUCUGACGCACGGCGCG